AUGGACAGCCCCGUGCAUGAGUUGGAACUAGAAUUUCACGAGGCCUGUGCCAAAAAACUGCGGUGCUCCCUAGUCGCCCUCAAAGGCUAUACGGAAGGUACAAUCUGUUUCUGGCUCCCUAUUCUUUGCGCUUGCGGGCUUUCUGUUUUGGCUGCUGCUUUUCUGUGCUUAUGUGUGUGCCCUCAGCUGAUUUCUUCUCGAGAGCAGUUACGAACGCCGGCUGCAGAAGUGGAGACUGUGGAAAGGCGGUACCUUCUGUCCAGGACGCAUAUGUUGCAUCUGGGGGGGAAGGGGUCGUGUUUUCGUGGCAUUGCGGAUGCCACUGCAUACGUGUUCAAACAAGUGGGCAGGCAGACAGACAGGCAGGCAGGCGUAGAGGCAGGCAGAGACCUCCUUGAAGGGGUAGCAGCGACACCCAUCACAGCGCGAGCGCAGGUGAUGCCGUUGGAUGCUGAGCAUGUAGGGUUCUACGUAUCUGCUGGUCUGGCUGCUCAACGGCAAACCAUUAGAAGGACCCAAACUCACACUUUCUGCUUCGCCGCUGAUGCGCAUGCUGCCGAUGAGUGCUCGGCCUGUGGAUGCACUGCCCGUUUCCAGUGCAUGUCUCCUCCUAGCGUUAUGGCUGCCGCUAUUGCUGGAUUGCUCCCCAAGCCUGAGGACGCCAGUAUUCCCCCAGUACAACAGCAGCUGCAGCAACUUCCGCCGCAGCAGCAAGCAUUGCCGCUCACCGGACGAGAGAAGUUCAAUAACCUCCAGAGACGUGCAAGGGUUAGGCGCGAACAGGAACAACAACUGCAGCAACAGCAAACACUGGAACCUGCUGUGCAAAGGCAGCACCAACCGCUGCAGCCUGUUGUCCAGCAGCAGCAGCCACUACAGCAGGCUGUGCAGCAGCAGCAGCCACUACAGCAGCCUCUGCAGCAGCAGCAGCCACUACAGCAGCCUCUGCAGCAGCAGCAGCCACUACAGCAGGCUGUGCAGCAGCAGCAGCCACUACAGCAGCCUCUGCAGCAGCAGCAGCCACUACAGCAGCCUGUGCAGCAGCAGCAGCCACUACAGCAGCCUCUGCAGCAGCAGCAGCCACUACAGCAGCCUCUGCAGCAGCAGCAGCCACUACAGCAGCGUCUGCAGCAGCAGCAGCCACUACAGCAGCCUCUGCAGCAGCAGCAGCCAUUACAGCAGCCACUACAGCAAGCUGUGCAGCAGCAGCCAUUACAGCAGCCACUACAGCAGGCUGUGCAGCAGCAGCCAUUACAGCAGCCUCUGCAGCAGCAGCAGCCACUACAGCAGGUUGUGCAGCAGCAGCAGCAGCCACUACAACCUUCGUUGCAGCUCCAACAGAAAACACUGGAGCCUGUUGUUCAAGGGCAGCAGCAGUCAUCCCUGGUUGAGCAGCAAGCGCAGCGUCUUGAGCAGGAACAGCUCUAG